GGAGGGGCCGGUGCGGCGGCUGCUGCGGGCGGGGGAGGGGGCCAGGCACCGAGCCAUGCGGAGCUGGGGGGUUCUGGGGGGCGCGGCGGCGGCGCUGGCGGCCGGGAUUUACGUCCUGUGGGGCCCCAUCAGCGGCAGGAAACGGCGGCGGAGAGGGCUUGUGCCAGGCCUCCUGAACCUGGGCAACACGUGUUUCAUGAAUUCCCUGCUGCAGGGCUUGUCCUCCUGCCCCUCGUUCAUCGGGUGGCUGGAGGAGUUCACAGCCCAGUACAGGCCGGAGCAGGAGGAGCGGCAGGAGCAGCAGCAGCACCUCUCCGUGACUCUGCUGCAGCUCCUCAGAGCCCUGUCCUGCCAGGAGGUGACGGAGGACGAUGUCCUGGAUGCCAGCUGCCUGCUGGACGUGCUGAGGAUGAACAGGUGGCAGAUCUCCUCCUUUGAGGAGCAGGAUGCCCAUGAGCUGUUCCAUGUCCUGACCUCUUCCCUGGAGGACGAACGGGAUCGGCAGCCCCGUGUGACCCAUUUGUUUGAUGUGCAUUCCCUGGAGCAACCAGAAAUAAUCCAAAAGCAAAUAAGCUGCAGGACAAGAGGAUCUCUUCCCCCUGUGUCCAACCACUGGAAAACUCAGCACCCUUUCCAUGGAAGGCUGACCAGCAACAUGGUCUGCAAGCACUGUGAGCACCAGAGCCCUGUGAGGUUCGACACCUUUGACAGCCUCUCCCUGAGCAUUCCAGCAGCUGUGUGGGGUCGUCCCAUGACACUGGACCAUUGCCUCCAUCACUUCAUCUCCUCAGAGACUGUGAAGGAUGUUGUGUGUGACAACUGCACCAAAAUCCAGGCAGAAGGAAUUCUGAAUGGACAAAGCAUAGAAAACCAGAGAACAACAUUUGUUAAGCAAUUAAAGUUAGGAAAGCUGCCCCAGUGUUUGUGCAUCCACCUGCAAAGGCUGAGCUGGUCCAACCAAGGCACUCCCCUGAAGAGACACGAGCACGUCCAGUUCAACGAGUUCCUGGUCAUGGACAUCUACAAAUAUCGAGUUCCUGGUCCCAAAUCCUGCCAGGAGCAGCUCAGCCAGAAAAACUCUGAGGAGACAACCCCUGGAAUGAAGGAUGGGAGAGCAGGGAAACCUUCAGAUGCAGAACAACCAGCUGGUACCAAACCUCUCUUCAUGAAUGGUGCCUCCUCUUCUUCCUCUCCCUCAUUUUUAAUGUCCCCAGGAACUUUCCCACUUGCUGCAUUCCCUGAGUGCAGGGCCCCGCUGUACCUGUACCGCCUGAUGGCCGUGGUGGUGCACCACGGGGACAUGCACUCGGGACACUUCGUCACCUUCCGGCGCGCGCCGGGCGCCCGCGGCAGCCAGUGGCUCUGGAUCUCGGACGAGUCGGUGCGCAGGGCCAGCCUGCACGAGGUGCUGGCUGCCAGCGCCUACCUGCUGUUCUACGAGCGCGUGCACGGCCGGGCCCAGCCCCAGAGCCCGGCCCAGAGCUGAGCCAGCGCUGCUGGGAUGGCCCCAGCCCCGGGAUCGUCCCAGCCCCGGGAUCAUCCCAGCCCUGGGGGUCGUCCCAGCCCUCGGGACCGUCCCAGCCCUGGGACCGUCCCAGCCCUCGGGAUUGUCCCGGCCCUUGGGAUCAUCCCAGCCCUCGGAUGGAGCCUCUCCGUUAUGCAAAGCUCCCCCUCUCCAGGCUCCCUUCCCGGUGGGAACAGCUGGGAGCUGUGGUUUGUAGCCAGGUCCUGCUGUUCCAGCGCCGUGCAGCCCCGGGUGUGUGGUGAGGAGUGUUUUUCUGCCUUGUCCCAAGGCUCUGUUCCACGUCCUGACACGGCACUUUUCCCAGGGAGAUGCUUUAUCCCACACAUUUCACUUCCCAAGGGAGAGCCCUGGAAAGGGUUGAUGUCAAGCUGCUGUUGAAGAGCCCCUCCCCUGGCACCUCUCCCUUACGCACCAGCCCCUCCAGGUUCCCUUCCCUGUGGCAAUGGCUGGGAAUUGUGUUUUGUACCCAAAUUCCCAGAGCUGUUCCGACGUCCAGCCCCAAGUGUGUGUUGAGCAGCCUUUGUCUGUCAGGCAGGGAUUUUAUCCCAAGGCUCUGUUCCCAGUGUUUCCCAGUGGGGAGUCCUGGGAUGGGAAGCUGCUGUUGGCAAUGAUUUAAGACACAAAGUGCCUUGAGCUUCCCUGAACAGCUGCAUUGCCACUGGCCCAGGCCUCUGCACGCCCACUGCGUCCUGGGAAUGCCUCACACCCACGGGAUGAACUCAUGCAAUCCCAUUUCCCCUGACCCAUCAAGUCAAGGCGUCUCCACAAACUGCCCCCAUCCAAAGGAUUUCCCUGCUCGCACGAUUUUCCUCCUACUUUACUUCUUUAUAUUGUAAAGUCCUUCUCCUGAUUUAAAUUGCUUAAUCCAGGAGAUCAUUUUGUAUCUAUUAAGAGCUGAAACCUUAAUUUAUUGCUCCAUACCUUUGGAAUCUAGCUGGAAUCAGCACAUGGAAGUGUUUGCUAGUGCUCAGUGUUGUCAUUUCCUUCAGCACUGUUGAAUCCAGUUGUUUUGUAGCAUCAACUACAACUUUUAAUGCUGUGAUUUCCAAGCUGCUGUAACUGUUCUAGACUUGCCCUUCCCAUUUUAUUGCUGGAAUCUGCUAUUCCCAGCAUUGGGAUCCACGCUCCUGGCUUGCAGCUCAGCUGUAGAGCAGCCCCUGGCCUUGUUAAAUGGAAUAUAAACAACAGGGCCAGGACUGGUGGGCACUUACUGGUCUCAUGAAGAAAUCUGGGAAUCCUGCAUCAGCUCCAGGCUGCCCUGUAAAUAGAAAUAAGGGGAAUUGUGCUGUUCUGGAUCGUUUGAUGUGAAAAAAAAAAAAAAAAAAAAGAAAAAAAAAAUCCCAAAGCACAGAGGGAAAAGCAGCAAAAAUCCUCCUUUAAAAACCUGCUUUUAAAUAACCAGGAAUAAAAUAUGUAGGUUGUUUUUAGCUCUUUUCUGUCCUUGUAAGCUUGGAGGAGAAAAGUCCCUCAUCAGACAAGCUUUUUUUCAGUGUGAAGUUUUCAAAUAACAAUGUCUUAAAUAGCUUUUUUAGGGCAACUUUGUACCUCAUGAAUUCAUAGUGCUGCCCAAAGCUCGGGGGUGUUCACACUUCCUCAGGAGAGGCUCCAAACCAGCCAAAGCAGAAGUGGUAAAAUGGGUGGAUAUGCAAAAUUAUUUACACAACUCAUCAUUCCAGAGUCUGGAGCACAAUUCCUGGCCCAGGUAAUGCUCAUAAAUAAAUAUUACAUAAAUAUUACAUAUAAAUAGUACAUAAAUAUUGAUAAAUCCACUGCUGGACUGGGACCUGGUUCUUGGCUGUGCUGCAUGAGCAGUAGCUUGGUUUUAACUUGUUUUAAUUUACAGAAAACCAAGAAAACAAGCAAACAAAAAAAAUCCUGAAGGAUGCAAAAUGCCAAAAAUUUGCUCUGGCCGUUAAAGGGAGAAGGAGCCAGCCCUUCCUACUGGGAGCCAUCCAAAAUCAUCACCCCAACAUCUCCCUCCAGCAGAUCUGCCCCUGCACCUCAGAACUGAAACCAUUUCCAGUGCCAGCAGUGGCUGUCCUGCAUUCUCCAGGCUCAGUGCUCUGCUUGGGGGGGGGUUUCCUGGAUUUGGGUUUUUUUCCUGGAUUUGGGGUUUUUUCCUGGAUUUGGGGGUUCAGCUGAGCAUCCCCUUGGGCUCAGUUGUGCAGGAGGAGGGGCAGAGGACACGCACACUAUGGACUGAAAUCUGAAAUCAGGCAGCUGGGACCAGCAGGUUUUCCCUUGCCAAGAGCUGUUUCCCUGGGCUGUGGAUUGACUCUGGAUCUCCCUCAAGGGCUAUCAAGGGGAGAGCUGAGCCUUUUUUCUGGCUUUGCUUGGUGGGCUUGGCUUAACUUCAGGUGAGGAAGGGAGCAAAGCCCAGCUCCUUGGUCCUGGCCCUGAGCUGUGCCAGAUCCUCCCAGCCCCCUGUGAGCUGGGGAUCUGUGCGGGGCUUUGGGAGCUCAUCCUCCCCUCUGGAGGUCCCUGGGAUCUGUUUUCCAGUCAGCCACACCUGUGGAGAUCACUGGAAUUUGUGCAGGUGUUUGGGAACCAGCCCUCCCCUUUGCAGGUCCCAGGGCUCUGUGUUUGCCUCCCUUUGGAGGUCACUGGGAUCUGUCUUUCCAGAGGUCACAGAGCUCUUUUUUUUCCAGCCAAACCUCCCCUCUGGAGGUCCCUGGGAUCUGUUUUCCAGGCAAACCUCCCCUCUGGAAGGGCUCUAUGCAGCCACAAGGCUCAAACACUGGUACUCAUCCCUCCCAAGCUGCCAUGGUGGAGAAGGUGUUAAUAAAUUGUAAAGAAUUAAGAGCUCCAAGAUGACAUUUCUGUGUUUGGAUUAUUAUUGUCUUAUUUUGUGUGUUAAUUUAAAAAUGUCUGUUCCAUCCAAGCACUGCACUGCUGUUUGAAGUUGCUUUAUUUUCCACUUCAGGGUAUUUUUGUAACUAACUGUACAGUAGCAAUAAAAGAACAAACUUGGUAGAAAAAUCAGUGUGG